UCGACAAAAGAGGAGCAUUGCCUUAGUUUCUCUGUGUCUCACGCACAUCUUCUGCACCAACCCAAACCUCCUGGGAUGGGGGACCCGACGCAGCGAUGCGCCGAUACUGGGUGACUUGGGUCGCCUAGGUGGGAUUGGAACUGUUGUCUUCCUUCUUAUCUUGACCUCCAUCAGCCCUCCAACCGAGGAUGUGCUCGAUAACAGCCCUGUUUGGAUGCAGGAGCCGCAGGGAAAACGAGUCGAGAGAUCUAUGCAUCAUCGGCAUCCCAACUGACGUCUUUUGACACGCAGAUUCGAAAUGCAUUCCGCCUCUGUCGAUAGCCCCCCUUACAGUCCUAGUCUGGACUAUGAUUGCUCGUUUCCCGAGAGGCAUUUCCUUUCUCGAGAAUCUCCUGCAGACGGUUCGCAUCAAGCCGGCAUGCCCAGCCUUGUUGAUAGCGCCCCUGGUCCUUCGCAAUCGGAAGUCGACAAGGCGUGUGAGCCAAGUUUCCCGUCGGUUUGGCCAUUAGACUGGACGGCUCAACCCCAGACAUUGUUCCUUCAAAAUGGAACCUCCGCUCCCAACUUGACGGCGGAAAACAACAUCCUUCCGAGCUUGUUGCACCAAACUGCCCGUCCAAUGCAAGAAGAAUGGGGCAUGUUCCGCGAGCAGUCUCCAGGAGCUGGCUUCUGGGAUCUCACGCCUCCAGAUUCCGUCGAGGACGAUUCAGAUUCCAUGCUGAGUCCCAGAGACAGUCCACAGAAGUUCUCUUCGCAGAUGACGGCAUGGCAAACCUUGCAGGGGCUCAGAAGACGAAGCUUGCAUAGAGUUGCGAAACCUUUGAGAGUUCCGGCACCGACAUAUGGCCCAGCCCUCCAGACAGGCGUACACGCCAACGGCUAUGCCGCCUCCGACUUGGGGUUCUCUGACAGCGUUGCCGCCAUCUUGCUGGACAAUGUGAAUACAGCCCACGACGGCGCCGAAAUCGACAUAGUGUUUCAGGACAGUGCCUCGGCGUCCAAGGACGACUCAAAACGCAUAGCACACAAACUAUCGGAAAAGAGCCGGCGCAACAGACUCACCCUGGCGAUACGCGAGAUCCAGAAGCUGCUGCCCGCCGAGGGAACCCGGCAAGAAGCGGACCCGCUUGCCCGGCCUGGGAUGCCAGUCAGUAAGCUGGAUGUCGUCGAGAUGGCCAUCGGAUUCAUCAAGGACCUGAAGGAGCGGAAUACGGCAAUGGAGAAGAAGAUAAGGGAAGUGGAAGCCAUAUUAGCGGAGUGCCACUGUCGGCGGGAGAAGGGUGAUUCAGAAACGUCCAGUCCGGGCAUUAGCACCAACUAAGAGAUCCAAUAAGUGCCUACAUCAACUGCAUGUUCAUCAAGACUUGUCUGAAGUCUCGGUGAAGCAUCACAAAGACAUAUCACAGCCUUACUGCUAGUAUACCUGUGAUACGUACUUGCGAUUUAGUCGAAUCAGAUGAGUCCACGGUGCAACACACUUCAAUCUGCCCAGGCUCAGAAGUUGAGGCUGUGCCCGAACAUUCGCAUCGCCCAAUGCUCACCGCCUUGGCGGGGAUUCACGGUCUGCUCUUCGCAGCCCAACCG